AUGAGGACCCGAUUCUCUGGUCGCAACAGCACCCGCCGCUCUGCGACCAGCGACGAGAUCGAGUCUGAGCUCGACGCGCUGCUGGCCGGCGACGAGGGCGCGUCCAUGCCCGCGCGGGGCUACUCCCAGAUCCGCCGCAAGCACAAUUCGCGCCCCGACUUCAACAACCCCAACUGGGCCGACGAGGUCGACGACUGGGGGGAGUUUUGGGGGGCGGCCGCCUACUGGGACGAGCGGGAGCUCGAGGACUUGGAUGCCCUGGAUGAUGAGCACGACGCAUCCCUCAUGCUCGCGAUGCGCGCCGCCGCCGACGGCGACGAGGACGCCGCGUUCGCCGUUGGCCUCGCGCGCCGCGAGAAGCGCACGGACGCGGCGCGGCUGUCGCGCGCGCGGCAGCUGAUCUCGGCGCUGCGGGACGCGGGCAAGGCGGCGUCGGCGCAGCUCAUCCUGGGGGCCGCGCUGGACCGCCACACGCCUUACACAGAAACCCCCGCCGAAGACGCAGAGCCCGACGUGAUAACUAUCGAGGACCCCAACCCCAACGUCCCUGACCUCUACCUGAGAGCCAUGGUGGAGAAGCAGCAGCGCAAGGACGCCCUCGACGCGGGUGAGCGGCCGCUGCAAGGGGGGUUCUGA